CUUUCUGUUGACUUAAAUCCCACAAAAUUUUGAUCCGAUUUUGAUCUUUAAAAUCCAGUUUCUUCUUGCUCAUUGGAUGGUAUCCCUCAUUAACAAUGGAGCUUCAAUUUCCCUCUUUGUUAACCUUGUUGCCUUCCUUUCUUUUCUUGGCAAUAGUGGUUAAUAUAGCAAAGAAAGUGAAAACCUUAUAUUCAAACACCCAGCAGCUGCCACCAGGGCCAUGGAAAUUACCCUUGAUUGGGAACCUGCAUCAACUGGUCGGCUCACUACCGCAUCGUAUCAUGAGAGACCUUGCCAAUAAACAUGGACCACUGAUGCACCUUCAGCUCGGUCAAACUUCCAACAUCGUUGUUUCUUCGCCGGAAAUUGCCAAGGAAGCCUUGAUAACACAUGGUACAAUCUUUUCUCAAAGACCCUACGUGAUUGCUAUACAUACCAUUACUUACGGUUACAGGGAUAUUGCCAUGGCACCCUACGGUAAUUAUUGGAGGCAAGUGCGGAAAAUUUGUACCUUAGAGCUUUUUACUGCGAAAAGAGUCAAGUCAUUCGAAUCCAUUAGACAAGAGGAAGUGUCAAAUCUCGUUAAAUACAUAUCAUCUAAUGAAGAGUCGCCGAUCAACCUUAGCAAGAAAAUAUUUGGCUUAACAUAUGGGAUCACAUCAAGAGCAGCAUUCGGUAGUAAGUACAACGAUAAGGAUUCGUACUCAUCGGUUGUAGAGGAAAUGGUAAAACUGUCUUCCGGGUUUAGUAUCGCAGACAUGUACCCUUCUUUCAAAGUGCUUCGACUGAUGAGUGGAAUGAGCAAAAGACUCGAGACUUUGUUUAAAAAGAGCGAUAAGAUUCUUCAAUUAAUCAUCGAUGAACAUAGAGAGAGAUUGGAGAGAGGCAAAAUAGGUGAUGAUGAAAAAGAAACCAAGGAAGAUCUGAUAACUGUUCUUUUAAAAAUUCAGCAACUUGGUGAGCUCGAACUUCCCCUCUCAGACAACGACAUCAAAGCGAUUAUUUGGGAUAUUUUCAGUGGGGGGAGUGAGACAUCAUCAACAAUUGUCGACUGGGCCAUGUCAGAGAUGAUGAGGAAUCCAAGAGUGCUACAAAAGGCACAAAACGAGGUAAGAAGCGUCUAUAAAGGAAAAGGAAACGUGGAUGAAGCAAAUACACAAGAACUAAAAUACUUGACAUUAGUAAUCAAAGAAACCUUGAGGUUACAUCCUUCAUUUCCUCUUUUUAUCCCAAAAGAAAGUACAGAGAAUUGUGAAAUCAAUGGAUAUCAGAUACCUGCAAAGACAAGGGUCAUCAUCAACGCAUGGGCUAUUGCAAGAGAUCCCAAUUAUUGGAUCGAACCGGAAACGUUUUAUCCUGAAAGAUUCUUGAAUAGUUCAAGUGAUUACAAGGGAACAAAUUUAGAGUACAUUCCAUUCGGUGCAGGAAGAAGGAUCUGCCCAGGUAUAUUGUAUGCACUUCCUAACAUUGAGCUGCCUUUGGCUAAGUUGCUUUACCAUUUUGAUUGGGAGCUUCCUAAUGGAAUCAGACAUGAGAAUUUGGAUAUGACUGAGGCCUUUGGUGUAACAGUGAGAAGGAAAGACAAUUUAAUCUUAAUUCCAACCAUUCAUAAGCCAUAUAAAGGGUGAUUAAUACUUUUCUUCAAGCCGUAAACUGUUUAAUGAAAUAA